AUGGCUCUGACGACGGCGGUACCCGCUCGCGAUCUCCGCGCACUGGGGAAGGUGGCGGUGGCGGAAGAGGGGGAGGCGGCGGAGAGGAUGAGGGUGAGGAACAAGCAGCUGGAGGAGGAGCUGCUGCAGAGCCGGGAGAGGGAGGAGGCGGCGCGGAGGGAGCUGGAUCGGACGAGAGAGCGCCUCCGCGUGGCGGAGGAGGCGGAGGAGCGCCUCUGCUCCCAGCUGGGAGAUCUGGAGGCGGAGGCCGUCGGCCAGGCCAGGGCCUACCUCCUCCAGAUCCAGUCCCUCAUGGAGCAGCUCUCCCGUUACGGGCAAAUUCCGCCACUGCAUGUCGCCGCCGGCGUCCUCAGCGCCCGGUCGUAG